GUAAAAAUUGUCUCAUUUUCCUUGGUCUUUUAUAAAUAUGAACCUUUAGUUAAACAUACCUUUUUAUUGUAAGAAAUUUCUGCGCCCCCCCUCCUUUUUUUCCUCCUACUUAUCAGUCAUGUGACUACCAAAAUGGCCACCUACGAAUGGGUUCCAAGGACUCGCAACUAUGCAGCUGAAAUCAAAAGUUUUGAAGUGACCUCAGUAGCAGCUACAUCACAUCCUCUCAAAGCAAUUACGGUCACAGAAGUUAAGAAAAUUGGAGACAAAAAAGAUGCAAGUAAAUCUUCAGCAUCAGCACCAUCAAAGUCCACUGUCAUUGACCCUCUAUCUUCUUCUGAUCCUCUUAGUGUUGGGAUCAAUGCAGAGUUUGAUGGGCUUGAUCCCCUCUCACGAAUAAUGAAAGGAGAUUCUGCACCUGCGGCAAAGUCAAAUAGAUCAGAUAGACUAAAAGCUCAAAGUGUAGAUGAAACUGAUGGUGGUGAUAAUUUGGGGGAAACAUUUGAGCCCUGGUCAUUGAAAAAAGCUGGUAUCCUAUCAGUUUACACAACGUCAGAGAAGUUGUCCAUAACCACUAGCUUCUUAUCUGCCACAGAUCAAGAAAAUGUGGUGAUCAAAACUCAGACACAGUCAGCUGGCACUGUUAGUGAUAAAGUAAAAAAUAGAUUGGAACAACUGGAUGACUUUGAAGAGGGCUCUGUUAAAGAAAUGUUAAAUCUUAGUCAGCAGGAUUAUGUCAAAAGAAUUGAGGAACUGAAUGAAGCUCUUAAAACAGCCUGGGACAGUGAUCAUAGGGUGAAGGCUUUGAAGAUUGCAAUACAGUGUUCCAAAUUACUGGCUGAUAUAUCAGUGAUUCCGUUUUACCCCAGCAAGUUUGUGCUCAUCACAGAUAUUCUGGAUACUUUUGGGCGUUUGGUGUAUGAUCGUUUGUUGGACAAAGCACAGUCUUCAUUGCCUGGAAGAUCACUAAAACUUUCUGCUAAUUUUACAUCUGAUGAAGUUCCUGAGGCAGCCAAAGAAACUUGUAGAAAUUGGUUCUUCAAAAUUGCUUCUAUCAGAGAACUAAUCCCAAGACUUUAUGUAGAGGCUGCCCUCCUCAAGUCAUACAAUUUCCUGAACACAAAUGAGUACUCUGAUGCUUUACGAAGGCUAUCUCUAAUGGUGAGAGGCAUUGGGGAUCCUCUUGUUGCUGUAUAUGCAAGAUGCUAUUUGUGCAGGGUUGGAAUGAUCAUUGCUCCAAAAUUCAAAGAUCAUAUUCCUCGAUGUUUUGAAGAUUUCAUCACUACAUUCCCCCAGGUGCAAGGAGAAAGUGUUCAGAAUAUUUUGGCAGUCCAGAAGCUUGACAUGCCUCGCUACUUGACACUCUUUUCUCCUGCUCUGGACUGGAUCUUACAGUGCCUAGCACACAAUGCUUCAGAAACUCUCCUGAAUGAGACACUGGAACGCUGCAAAGAACAAUGUAACAAUGCUCUGAUGAUCAACUCAAUCAUGUCUGCCUUCCAGCCUCAGUACAUUGCCAACAGAGCUUUGGUAUUCACUGAAAUGAUCAGAGACUGUGAAGGAACUGGCUUACCAAAAUACUUGUUACACAGAACACUUGGCUUGUGCUUAGUUGUAGCAGAAACACCAGAGGACCAGCGGCUGCCAGUUUUGAAUGAAGUUUGGAAAGCUGUAGUAAAACAGAAGAAUCCAUCAGAAUAUAUUGGUUGUGCUGAAAUCUGGAUUGAAUUUGUUGUUAAACAUUGUGGGAAACGUGAGAUCAAUACAUUCCUGGGAGACAUCAUCAAACACAUGACACCAGAUCGAGCGUAUGAAGACUUCUAUCCCCAGCUUCAGUCUGUGGUUAUAAAGAUACUAGCCCAUCAACAUGAUUUCUCUCUGCUCUUCUCUCUCGACAAGUUCAUGACCUUUGUUGACAUGUUUCAAAAAGAGGCUGUGAAAGUGGAAGUUUGUAAAAACAUUUUUGAAUCUUUUAACAAACAUCAAACAACAUCAGUGAGUGAUCCAGUAGUCAUCAAUGCCAUGAUGUUCUUAGGAAAAAUAAUGCAUGACUCAGUAGAUGCCCUGACACUUGAGGAUGAAAAGAGACAGAUUGGUCAGCUACUGUGUGGAUUUAUUCGAUUGGUCCAAUUUGGAAGAGAUUUUGAACAGCAGCUGAGUUUCUAUGUUGAGUCUCGGGCUUAUUUCAGCAAUCUGGACUCAGUUCUAAUCACUUUAAUUCAUUCUGUGAACAAUCUUGCUGUAGAGACUCGAAGAAUUGUUCGUGGAAGUCAUACUAGUAAAACAGCUGCUUUUGUCAGAGCAUGUGCUGCUUACUGUUUUAUCACCAUUCCAUCUUUACAGUCUAUCUACUCCCAGCUUCAGCUCUAUCUCCUCUCUGGACAAGUGGCUUUACUUAACCAAUGCUAUUCACAAGGUGAUGCCUUCUUCAAAGCCUCAAUUUCACUGAUCCCAGAAAUGCCCAAAACAUUGGAUGGAGAUGCCAAGUCAAAGUCAUCAGAACCUUACUUGCUGGAGUACCUGUACAGUUUUGUUGCCACUCUUCUGGUUACACCUGACAAUCCUGAAAUGGGUGUAAUGUACCUACUACGAGGUUUGCUGAAUGUGCUGCAAGACUACACAUGGGAACCUAACAGUGAUGCUCGUAUCCUUGUGUACACACGUGUACUAGCCAUGCUUUCAGCUGCAUAUCAGGAGGAGUAUCCAUACCAUAUAGAUAAGGUGGAUUCCAAUGACUCCAUGUAUGGCAAUGACCCCAAGUAUUUAUCUGAGGUGAAAAAUAUGGCAAACACACUCAUUUCAGAGAUUUUGUCUCACCUUAAAAGUAUUGCAACACCAGAUAAUGCCAAACGUCAGAGCUCUCUAGUAAUGGAGAUACUUUCAGUGCUGUUAACAACUUGUGAUUUUAGUCAACCCUCAGUAUCAACAUUGACUGUCAACUUAUGGAAUUUAGCACAGAAAAAUGGACAAGCAGAUGUCAAAACAUUGAAAAAACUGAUAGACCUUGUCAAAUCAAAGGCAUCUUCAGCAUCCUCUGCAUUUCAGUCCCUUCUUCCAAGGCUUGUUAUCAAUAAUGCUUGAAGUCAUGGUCUUCUCAGUUUUAUAGUAGAAUUAUAUUUAUUCUCUAAGCAUGUAUGUUUUGUUAGGUUCUGAAUUAAAUCGAUGCUGUAGCUCUGCUUAGCUCACGCAUUUAAAAUUAAGAUUGCGUAUUACGAAAAGGCCCUAAGCUUUUUGAGAUAUGGGACCCCUUAUAAGUCCAGAAAUUAUAUAUGUCAGUGCUAAAUUUUUCUUUGGGGACCCUAAGCUAAUGCUUGUGUUGCCUAUAGGUAAAUCCUCCCUGGGUGUGGCUUCACUAGAACACUGAUGUGAUUGAGUUUUAGCAUCCCUCUUUUUUUUAUUUUUCUAUUUUAGUAAUGUAAAAAAGGGGAAUUAACUUUUUGUUAAAUAAGCCAUAGUCUUACGAAUUAGACUACAUUAUUUUGUCAUUGAAUCAUAUUCCUAGUUUAAUAACCACUGUACGGAUGUUGGUCUAUACUUUUAGUUCCUGGUUACCAAUGAUAAAUAUGGCCUACAAUUAUCCCAUUCUUGGGGGCACCUCACUUUAGUCAUUAUGCAAUAAAUGUUUGGUGGCACCCAACAGUUAUAUUUUCUUCUUCAACAAUUAUGACAUUUCAUUAGAGCUAGAUGCAUUCAUUAUGAUACUCCUUGAUUUGGAAGCCAAGCACUAUACCACUUGGCCAGCAUGUUCCCAUGUUAAUUGUACAUAUUCUCUUGUUACUUAUGUUGAUUUAUUUAUUAAGUUCAGCAUGUUUUUUUUUUAAUUAGCCCUAGCAAUUAUUGAUAAAUAAAAAAAAUAAGUUACCAAUGUUGAUGUAAAACAGGCAUUUGUACUGAUCUACCAAACCCAAUAAGUAGAGUAAGAUUAUUAACCAUGUACAUUGUAUUCAAAGAAAACAGUUUUGUCUCUACAAUCCCUACUAUUUAGCUUGCACUGUCUUCAUGAAUGGGUAGAAGGAGACCAUUCAUGUGUGUGUAUACAUGCACAUACUUUUAUAAACUUUAUUUCUAAAACAGAUUUUCCUACCAAAAUUUUACAGUUUGUGUAAAUCUUUGGGAAAAAAAACAUCACUUGCUAAUUGGGUACACAGUUGGAUCACUAUAAUUUUUCAGAAAUAUGUAAUCAUUUAAAUGAAAUAUAGCCUACAUUUUUUUGUCAAUAAAAUUGUUCCUAAAAAGAAAAAAAAAAUUCAUGACAGUUAGGUCACACUGCAUCAGCUGGAAUACUCAUUGAAAUGAUCUUUGACAAGAAAUAGAUCAAAUAGAUUGUGACAGGCCAACAUCAGCUUCAUUAUGCAGGAGUUGAUGUUUUUAUUGAUUUAUUUAUUUAUAUUAUUUAUUGUGCUUAAAAUUGUUUGCCAAACUUUUGUCAGGUUUAGAAAAGAAAAUCAGAAAUCUUUUUUCCACAUUUCAAGAUACCGGUAAUUCAGAUGUGGCAAAAUAUUGCAGGUCACAACUAUAUUUUCAUGGUCAUAUGAGUUACUGCAUUAAUCUUUGGAAUUGAAGACAACGCCUUAUUAUUAUAAGAGACCAUGAAUAGCCUAGGCCAGUAUUUCCCAAACUGUGCACCGCAAAACGCUAGUGUUCCACGGGGCCUGAAUUGGUGUUCUACAAACUACUGGAAUAAUUAACUAAGAAAUAAGCAAAGUGUUCUGCUAAAUACUCAGAAUGUGCGAAGCAUGGCAUUAAGGAAAACAAUAUUCCCGAUUGAUUAUUUAAAAGAAAACGAAUGAAAAUAACCUUGUCACAAUUUCCUCAAUGACUUAUUUGGAUAUGAUCAUUAUGUCUAUUACAAUUCGUAUAGUUUGCUUGUGUUGUAGAUCAUGAAUCUAUUGAGCAAUGUAAUAUAACACAAAUGUAGAAAAUUAAAUAUUUUCAAAUAAUUUUGUUAA